AGUCGCAACACGUAAAUAGCAAAUCAUCGAAGCGAACAGCUAUAUAAAGAUUAAAAGGAUUGUAGUUCCUUCAAACUUACCUGUUAAUUGAUAUUGUCAUACCAAAUCACACAGAUUGAAAAAAAAACGAGAAAUGCACAAACUAUUUGAUAUUACUCCUAUUAUUUGUAUUGUGUUAAUGAAAAUUAUCAUGCAAGAAACUGAGGCGCACAAUUGUUCUUCUCAACAUGAGUCGUGUACCGCAGCCUACUACAGUACAAUGAGAGAGUCAGCUGGAGACAUAGGGGCAAUAUGCAGUGUGAUAAAUACCUAUUCGGAAUGUUUGCAAACAUUGUCUGACUGCAAUUCUACUGUGGUUCAUGAGGCCAUUGCUGAUGCUAACACGUCUCUAUACCAGUCUGGUUGUGAAAUUGAAGCGCAGAAUUGUUCUACUAAACAAAUCACGUCCUGUACCACAGCAUACGCCAAUGCAAUAAGAGAGACACCACGAACCAAGGAGGCAAUGUGCAGUGUAAUAAAUACCUACAUGGAAUGUUUGCUAACAUAUUCGUCUCACUGCAAUUCAAAUGCAGUUCAUGCGGCCAUUGCGAAUGCAAACAUGACUCUUUACCAGUCUGGUUGUGAAACUGGAGCGCAGAAUUGCUCUACUCAACAACUAGAGUCAUGUGCAACAGCUUACAGCAUAACGUUAGCAGGUUCAGCGGUGUUGGGAGAUAGGGAAGCAGUAUGUAGAACAAUACAUAUCUAUCUGGAAUGUUUAUCUACCUAUUUUGCUGACUGCAAUUUGGAUGCAGGUCCGACCAUAGACAAUAUCAAAAUGUCACUAUCCGAGUACGGUUGUAAUAACUUCACAUCUUCAUUGCCGGCUGAAGAAACAGAGGCUCAGAGAUGUUCUGCUAAAAAAAUGCACGCUUGCGUCUCAGCAUUAGGGAGCGUAGUAAUACAUGUACAGGGAGUGAAAGACUCGGAGAAAAUAUGCAGUGCAGGAAAUAUCUAUCUUGAAUGUGUUACUAAAGUUGGAACUGACUGUAGUUUGGAUGUAGGUCAGACCUUAGUUAGAGCCAAAAAGGGCCUAUCACAAUACGGCUGUGUUAGUGAUUCUAAUGGUACUGGAAGACUUGUGUUCAACAUGGUGACGUUGGGACUAGGAUUCGCAUUUUAUAAACUCUUGUUGUUGUAUAACUAAACACAGAGCAAAAAUCAAGGCGCAAAGCAUAAGUGGACUCAUAGCUUUAUUUUUAUUCAUACAAGCGAAACAGAUUGACCUAAGUAUCAAAAUGACCCGUUUAUUUCAAUUGAUUCAUAGUCAUUAUUAAAACAAAUGAAUUACUA